AUGAAUGCGGGGAGCCCGUCGUCCAACCUCCUUCCCCGGACCUCUCAUUUCCCCUCCCUGUUCCCUCAUUUCCCCCCCUCCCUCUCUCUUUUCCCCCACUACUCCUACCCCUUGUUUCCCCCUCUGCUUACCCUCGUUCCCCCCUCUUUUUUCCCUUCUUUCCCCCUCUCCUCUCCCUCGUUCCCCCCUCUCCAUCCCAUCAUUUCCCCCUCUGCUUCCCCUCGUUCCCCCUCUCCAUCCCCUGAUUUCCCCCUCCUUUCCCCCACUGCUUCCCCUCCUUUCCCUCACUUCUUCGCCUCCUUUCCCCCGCUGCUUCCCCUACUUUCCCCCACUGCUUCCCCUCCUUUCCCCCGCUGCUUCCCCUCCUUUCCCCCACUGCUUCCCCUCCUUUCCCCCGCUGCUUCCCCUCCUUUCCCCCACUGCUUCCCCUCCUUUCCCCCGCUGCUUCCCCUCCUUUCCCCCGCUGCUUCCCCUCCUUUCCCCCUCUCCUUCACCUCAUUUCCCCCGCUGCUUCCCCUCCUUUCCCCCGCUGCUUCCCCUCGUUUCUCCCGCUGCUUCCCCUCCUUUUCCCCGCUGCUUCCCCUCCUUUCCCCCGCUGCUUCCCCUCCUUUCCCCCACUGCUUCCCCUCCUUUCCCCCGCUGCUUCCCCUCCUUCCCCCCACACAACUUUCCCUCACAUCCCCUCUCCCUCCCCCGUUUGUUACCCAUCCCUCCCCCUGUUUGUUACCCAUCCCUCCCCCUGUUUGUUACCCAUCCCUCUCCUCCACCCAUCCAUCUCCCUCUCCUUCCCCUCGUUCCCCCCUCUCCUUCCCCUCGUUCCCCCUCGCCUUCCCCUCGUUCCCCCCUCUCCUUCCCCUCGUUCCCCCUCUCCUUCCCCUCGUUCCCCCCUCUCCUUCCCCUCGUUCCCCCCUCUCCUUCCCCUCGUUCCCCCCUCUCCUUCUCCUCGUUCCCCCCCUCUCCUUCCCCUCGUUCCCCCCUCUCCUUCACCUCAUUACCCCCUCUCUGCUUCCCCUCGUUCCCCCCCCUCAUCCUUGUUCACCCCACAAGUUCCCCUCAUUUCCUCUCAUCACCUCCCCUGCUCCCUCUCACUACCUCCCCUGCUCCCUCUCACUACCUCCCCAGCUUCCAAUCUUUUCUCCCUCUGCUUCCCCUCGUUUCUCCCUCUCUUUCCCUUCAUUUCCGUCCCUGCUUCUCCUUUGCCUGCUUUCUCUUCGAUUGCGUCUUGCCCACAGUUCCCCCCUUACCCUCCUUCCUCUGUUGUUUUCUAUGCUACCGUAUCACCCUCCUUUCUCUGAGUUUUUCACCCCUUCUUACGCUUUGUCUCCCCACCUGCUUGCCCUUGUUCGUCUCCACCCCCUUACCCUCCCCCCAACCCGCUCUUCCUGCACGCUUGUACUCUGUCCUCCGGUUUUCCAGAUCAUCGUUACUCGAUAUCUGCUCUGUGCAGCAUGGAGCACAGUGAAUGGAAUCCAAUGGUUGUCAUGUGACCUCUGUUCUUUCAAAUGGGCACAGUACAGCAUUGUGGGUCCCCGAACCUAUGGGAGGGAAGGCAGGGAUGUGAGGAGGGAAGGCAGGGAUGUGAGGAGGGAAGGCAGGGAUGUGAGGAGGGAAGGCAGGGAUGUGAGGAGGGAAGGCAGGGAUGUGAGGAGGGAAGGCAGGGAUGUGAGGAGGGAAGGCAGGGAUGUGAGGAGGGAAGGCAGGGAUGUGAGGAGGGAAGGCAGGGAUGUGAGGAGGGAAGGCAGGGAUGUGAGGAGGGAAGGCAGGGAUGUGAGGAGGGAAGGCAGGGAUGUGAGGAGGGAAGGCAGGGAUGUGAGGAGGGAAGGCAGGGAUGUGAGGAGGGAAGGCAGGGAUGUGAGGAGGGAAGGCAGGGAUGUGAGGAGGGAAGGCAGGGAUGUGAGGAGGGAAGGCAGGGAUGUGAGGAGGGAAGGCAGGGAUGUGAGGAGGGAAGGCAGGGAUGUGAGGAGGGAAGGCAGGGAUGUGAGGAGGGAAGGCAGGGAUGUGAGGAGGGAAGGCAGGGAUGUGAGGAGGGAAGGCAGGGAUGUGAGGAGGGAAGGCAGGGAUGUGAGGAGGGAAGGCAGGGAUGUGAGGAGGGAAGGCAGGGAUGUGAGGAGGGAAGGCAGGGAUGUGAGGAGGGAAGGCAGGGAUGUGAGGAGGGAAGGCAGGGAUGUGAGGAGGGAAGGCAGGGAUGUGAGGAGGGAAGGCAGGGAUGUGAGGAGGGAAGGCAGGGAUGUGAGGAGGGAAGGCAGGGAUGUGAGGAGGGAAGGCAGGGAUGUGAGGAGGGAAGGCAGGGAUGUGAGGAGGGAAGGCAGGGAUGUGAGGAGGGAAGGCAGGGAUGUGAGGAGGGAAGGCAGGGAUGUGAGGAGGGAAGGCAGGGAUGUGAGGAGGGAAGGCAGGGAUGUGAGGAGGGAAGGCAGGGAUGUGAGGAGGGAAGGCAGGGAUGUGAGGAGGGAAGGCAGGGAUGUGAGGAGGGAAGGCAGGGAUGUGAGGAGGGAAGGCAGGGAUGUGAGGAGGGAAGGCAGGGAUGUGAGGAGGGAAGGCAGGGAUGUGAGGAGGGAAGGCAGGGAUGUGAGGAGGGAAGGCAGGGAUGUGAGGAGGGAAGGCAGGGAUGUGAGGAGGGAAGGCAGGGAUGUGAGGAGGGAAGGCAGGGAUGUGAGGAGGGAAGGCAGGGAUGUGAGGAGGGAAGGCAGGGAUGUGAGGAGGGAAGGCAGGGAUGUGAGGAGGGAAGGCAGGGAUGUGAGGAGGGAAGGCAGGGAUGUGAGGAGGGAAGGCAGGGAUGUGAGGAGGGAAGGCAGGGAUGUGAGGAGGGAAGGCAGGGAUGUGAGGAGGGAAGGCAGGGAUGUGAGGAGGGAAGGCAGGGAUGUGAGGAGGGAAGGCAGGGAUGUGAGGAGGGAAGGCAGGGAUGUGAGGAGGGAAGGCAGGGAUGUGAGGAGGGAAGGCAGGGAUGUGAGGAGGGAAGGCAGGGAUGUGAGGAGGGAAGGCAGGGAUGUGAGGAGGGAAGGCAGGGAUGUGAGGAGGGAAGGCAGGGAUGUGAGGAGGGAAGGCAGGGAUGUGAGGAGGGAAGGCAGGGAUGUGAGGAGGGAAGGCAGGGAUGUGAGGAGGGAAGGCAGGGAUGUGAGGAGGGAAGGCAGGGAUGUGAGGAGGGAAGGCAGGGAUGUGAGGAGGGAAGGCAGGGAUGUGAGGAGGGAAGGCAGGGAUGUGAGGAGGGAAGGCAGGGAUGUGAGGAGGGAAGGCAGGGAUGUGAGGAGGGAAGGCAGGGAUGUGAGGAGGGAAGGCAGGGAUGUGAGGAGGGAAGGCAGGGAUGUGAGGAGGGAAGGCAGGGAUGUGAGGAGGGAAGGCAGGGAUGUGAGGAGGGAAGGCAGGGAUGUGAGGAGGGAAGGCAGGGAUGUGAGGAGGGAAGGCAGGGAUGUGAGGAGGGAAGGCAGGGAUGUGAGGAGGGAAGGCAGGGAUGUGAGGAGGGAAGGCAGGGAUGUGAGGAGGGAAGGCAGGGAUGUGAGGAGGGAAGGCAGGGAUGUGAGGAGGGAAGGCAGGGAUGUGAGGAGGGAAGGCAGGGAUGUGAGGAGGGAAGGCAGGGAUGUGAGGAGGGAAGGCAGGGAUGUGAGGAGGGAAGGCAGGGAUGUGAGGAGGGAAGGCAGGGAUGUGAGGAGGGAAGGCAGGGAUGUGAGGAGGGAAGGCAGGGAUGUGAGGAGGGAAGGCAGGGAUGUGAGGAGGGAAGGCAGGGAUGUGAGGAGGGAAGGCAGGGAUGUGAGGAGGGAAGGCAGGGAUGUGAGGAGGGAAGGCAGGGAUGUGAGGAGGGAAGGCAGGGAUGUGAGGAGGGAAGGCAGGGAUGUGAGGAGGGAAGGCAGGGAUGUGAGGAGGGAAGGCAGGGAUGUGAGGAGGGAAGGCAGGGAUGUGAGGAGGGAAGGCAGGGAUGUGAGGAGGGAAGGCAGGGAUGUGAGGAGGGAAGGCAGGGAUGUGAGGAGGGAAGGCAGGGAUGUGAGGAGGGAAGGCAGGGAUGUGAGGAGGGAAGGCAGGGAUGUGAGGAGGGAAGGCAGGGAUGUGAGGAGGGAAGGCAGGGAUGUGAGGAGGGAAGGCAGGGAUGUGAGGAGGGAAGGCAGGGAUGUGAGGAGGGAAGGCAGGGAUGUGAGGAGGGAAGGCAGGGAUGUGAGGAGGGAAGGCAGGGAUGUGAGGAGGGAAGGCAGGGAUGUGAGGAGGGAAGGCAGGGAUGUGAGGAGGGAAGGCAGGGAUGUGAGGAGGGAAGGCAGGGAUGUGAGGAGGGAAGGCAGGGAUGUGAGGAGGGAAGGCAGGGAUGUGAGGAGGGAAGGCAGGGAUGUGAGGAGGGAAGGCAGGGAUGUGAGGAGGGAAGGCAGGGAUGUGAGGAGGGAAGGCAGGGAUGUGAGGAGGGAAGGCAGGGAUGUGAGGAGGGAAGGCAGGGAUGUGAGGAGGGAAGGCAGGGAUGUGAGGAGGGAAGGCAGGGAUGUGAGGAGGGAAGGCAGGGAUGUGAGGAGGGAAGGCAGGGAUGUGAGGAGGGAAGGCAGGGAUGUGAGGAGGGAAGGCAGGGAUGUGAGGAGGGAAGGCAGGGAUGUGAGGAGGGAAGGCAGGGAUGUGAGGAGGGAAGGCAGGGAUGUGAGGAGGGAAGGCAGGGAUGUGAGGAGGGAAGGCAGGGAUGUGAGGAGGGAAGGCAGGGAUGUGAGGAGGGAAGGCAGGGAUGUGAGGAGGGAAGGCAGGGAUGUGAGGAGGGAAGGCAGGGAUGUGAGGAGGGAAGGCAGGGAUGUGAGGAGGGAAGGCAGGGAUGUGAGGAGGGAAGGCAGGGAUGUGAGGAGGGAAGGCAGGGAUGUGAGGAGGGAAGGCAGGGAUGUGAGGAGGGAAGGCAGGGAUGUGAGGAGGGAAGGCAGGGAUGUGAGGAGGGAAGGCAGGGAUGUGAGGAGGGAAGGCAGGGAUGUGAGGAGGGAAGGCAGGGAUGUGAGGAGGGAAGGCAGGGAUGUGAGGAGGGAAGGCAGGGAUGUGAGGAGGGAAGGCAGGGAUGUGAGGAGGGAAGGCAGGGAUGUGAGGAGGGAAGGCAGGGAUGUGAGGAGGGAAGGCAGGGAUGUGAGGAGGGAAGGCAGGGAUGUGAGGAGGGAAGGCAGGGAUGUGAGGAGGGAAGGCAGGGAUGUGAGGAGGGAAGGCAGGGAUGUGAGGAGGGAAGGCAGGGAUGUGAGGAGGGAAGGCAGGGAUGUGAGGAGGGAAGGCAGGGAUGUGAGGAGGGAAGGCAGGGAUGUGAGGAGGGAAGGCAGGGAUGUGAGGAGGGAAGGCAGGGAUGUGAGGAGGGAAGGCAGGGAUGUGAGGAGGGAAGGCAGGGAUGUGAGGAGGGAAGGCAGGGAUGUGAGGAGGGAAGGCAGGGAUGUGAGGAGGGAAGGCAGGGAUGUGAGGAGGGAAGGCAGGGAUGUGAGGAGGGAAGGCAGGGAUGUGAGGAGGGAAGGCAGGGAUGUGAGGAGGGAAGGCAGGGAUGUGAGGAGGGAAGGCAGGGAUGUGAGGAGGGAAGGCAGGGAUGUGAGGAGGGAAGGCAGGGAUGUGAGGAGGGAAGGCAGGGAUGUGAGGAGGGAAGGCAGGGAUGUGAGGAGGGAAGGCAGGGAUGUGAGGAGGGAAGGCAGGGAUGUGAGGAGGGAAGGCAGGGAUGUGAGGAGGGAAGGCAGGGAUGUGAGGAGGGAAGGCAGGGAUGUGAGGAGGGAAGGCAGGGAUGUGAGGAGGGAAGGCAGGGAUGUGAGGAGGGAAGGCAGGGAUGUGAGGAGGGAAGGCAGGGAUGUGAGGAGGGAAGGCAGGGAUGUGAGGAGGGAAGGCAGGGAUGUGAGGAGGGAAGGCAGGGAUGUGAGGAGGGAAGGCAGGGAUGUGAGGAGGGAAGGCAGGGAUGUGAGGAGGGAAGGCAGGGAUGUGAGGAGGGAAGGCAGGGAUGUGAGGAGGGAAGGCAGGGAUGUGAGGAGGGAAGGCAGGGAUGUGAGGAGGGAAGGCAGGGAUGUGAGGAGGGAAGGCAGGGAUGUGAGGAGGGAAGGCAGGGAUGUGAGGAGGGAAGGCAGGGAUGUGAGGAGGGAAGGCAGGGAUGUGAGGAGGGAAGGCAGGGAUGUGAGGAGGGAAGGCAGGGAUGUGAGGAGGGAAGGCAGGGAUGUGAGGAGGGAAGGCAGGGAUGUGAGGAGGGAAGGCAGGGAUGUGAGGAGGGAAGGCAGGGAUGUGAGGAGGGAAGGCAGGGAUGUGAGGAGGGAAGGCAGGGAUGUGAGGAGGGAAGGCAGGGAUGUGAGGAGGGAAGGCAGGGAUGUGAGGAGGGAAGGCAGGGAUGUGAGGAGGGAAGGCAGGGAUGUGAGGAGGGAAGGCAGGGAUGUGAGGAGGGAAGGCAGGGAUGUGAGGAGGGAAGGCAGGGAUGUGAGGAGGGAAGGCAGGGAUGUGAGGAGGGAAGGCAGGGAUGUGAGGAGGGAAGGCAGGGAUGUGAGGAGGGAAGGCAGGGAUGUGAGGAGGGAAGGCAGGGAUGUGAGGAGGGAAGGCAGGGAUGUGAGGAGGGAAGGCAGGGAUGUGAGGAGGGAAGGCAGGGAUGUGAGGAGGGAAGGCAGGGAUGUGAGGAGGGAAGGCAGGGAUGUGAGGAGGGAAGGCAGGGAUGUGAGGAGGGAAGGCAGGGAUGUGAGGAGGGAAGGCAGGGAUGUGAGGAGGGAAGGCAGGGAUGUGAGGAGGGAAGGCAGGGAUGUGAGGAGGGAAGGCAGGGAUGUGAGGAGGGAAGGCAGGGAUGUGAGGAGGGAAGGCAGGGAUGUGAGGAGGGAAGGCAGGGAUGUGAGGAGGGAAGGCAGGGAUGUGAGGAGGGAAGGCAGGGAUGUGAGGAGGGAAGGCAGGGAUGUGAGGAGGGAAGGCAGGGAUGUGAGGAGGGAAGGCAGGGAUGUGAGGAGGGAAGGCAGGGAUGUGAGGAGGGAAGGCAGGGAUGUGAGGAGGGAAGGCAGGGAUGUGAGGAGGGAAGGCAGGGAUGUGAGGAGGGAAGGCAGGGAUGUGAGGAGGGAAGGCAGGGAUGUGAGGAGGGAAGGCAGGGAUGUGAGGAGGGAAGGCAGGGAUGUGAGGAGGGAAGGCAGGGAUGUGAGGAGGGAAGGCAGGGAUGUGAGGAGGGAAGGCAGGGAUGUGAGGAGGGAAGGCAGGGAUGUGAGGAGGGAAGGCAGGGAUGUGAGGAGGGAAGGCAGGGAUGUGAGGAGGGAAGGCAGGGAUGUGAGGAGGGAAGGCAGGGAUGUGAGGAGGGAAGGCAGGGAUGUGAGGAGGGAAGGCAGGGAUGUGAGGAGGGAAGGCAGGGAUGUGAGGAGGGAAGGCAGGGAUGUGAGGAGGGAAGGCAGGGAUGUGAGGAGGGAAGGCAGGGAUGUGAGGAGGGAAGGCAGGGAUGUGAGGAGGGAAGGCAGGGAUGUGAGGAGGGAAGGCAGGGAUGCAGGGAUGGAUGUGAGGAGGGAAGGCAGGGAUGUGAGGAGGGAAGGCAGGGAUGUGAGGAGGGAAGGCAGGGAUGUGAGGAGGGAAGGCAGGGAUGUGAGGAGGGAAGGCAGGGAUGUGAGGAGGGAAGGCAGGGAUGUGAGGAGGGAAGGCAGGGAUGUGAGGAGGGAAGGCAGGGAUGUGAGGAGGGAAGGCAGGGAUGUGAGGAGGGAAGGCAGGGAUGUGAGGAGGGAAGGCAGGGAUGUGAGGAGGGAAGGCAGGGAUGUGAGGAGGGAAGGCAGGGAUGUGAGGAGGGAAGGCAGGGAUGUGAGGAGGGAAGGCAGGGAUGUGAGGAGGGAAGGCAGGGAUGUGAGGAGGGAAGGCAGGGAUGUGAGGAGGGAAGGCAGGGAUGUGAGGAGGGAAGGCAGGGAUGUGAGGAGGGAAGGCAGGGAUGUGAGGAGGGAAGGCAGGGAUGUGAGGAGGGAAGGCAGGGAUGUGAGGAGGGAAGGCAGGGAUGUGAGGAGGGAAGGCAGGGAUGUGAGGAGGGAAGGCAGGGAUGUGAGGAGGGAAGGCAGGGAUGUGAGGAGGGAAGGCAGGGAUGUGAGGAGGGAAGGCAGGGAUGUGAGGAGGGAAGGCAGGGAUGUGAGGAGGGAAGGCAGGGAUGUGAGGAGGGAAGGCAGGGAUGUGAGGAGGGAAGGCAGGGAUGUGAGGAGGGAAGGCAGGGAUGUGAGGAGGGAAGGCAGGGAUGUGAGGAGGGAAGGCAGGGAUGUGAGGAGGGAAGGCAGGGAUGUGAGGAGGGAAGGCAGGGAUGUGAGGAGGGAAGGCAGGGAUGUGAGGAGGGAAGGCAGGGAUGUGAGGAGGGAAGGCAGGGAUGUGAGGAGGGAAGGCAGGGAUGUGAGGAGGGAAGGCAGGGAUGUGAGGAGGGAAGGCAGGGAUGUGAGGAGGGAAGGCAGGGAUGUGAGGAGGGAAGGCAGGGAUGUGAGGAGGGAAGGCAGGGAUGUGAGGAGGGAAGGCAGGGAUGUGAGGAGGGAAGGCAGGGAUGUGAGGAGGGAAGGCAGGGAUGUGAGGAGGGAAGGCAGGGAUGUGAGGAGGGAAGGCAGGGAUGUGAGGAGGGAAGGCAGGGAUGUGAGGAGGGAAGGCAGGGAUGUGAGGAGGGAAGGCAGGGAUGUGAGGAGGGAAGGCAGGGAUGUGAGGAGGGAAGGCAGGGAUGUGAGGAGGGAAGGCAGGGAUGUGAGGAGGGAAGGCAGGGAUGUGAGGAGGGAAGGCAGGGAUGUGAGGAGGGAAGGCAGGGAUGUGAGGAGGGAAGGCAGGGAUGUGAGGAGGGAAGGCAGGGAUGUGAGGAGGGAAGGCAGGGAUGUGAGGAGGGAAGGCAGGGAUGUGAGGAGGGAAGGCAGGGAUGUGAGGAGGGAAGGCAGGGAUGUGAGGAGGGAAGGCAGGGAUGUGAGGAGGGAAGGCAGGGAUGUGAGGAGGGAAGGCAGGGAUGUGAGGAGGGAAGGCAGGGAUGUGAGGAGGGAAGGCAGGGAUGUGAGGAGGGAAGGCAGGGAUGUGAGGAGGGAAGGCAGGGAUGUGAGGAGGGAAGGCAGGGAUGUGAGGAGGGAAGGCAGGGAUGUGAGGAGGGAAGGCAGGGAUGUGAGGAGGGAAGGCAGGGAUGUGAGGAGGGAAGGCAGGGAUGUGAGGAGGGAAGGCAGGGAUGUGAGGAGGGAAGGCAGGGAUGUGAGGAGGGAAGGCAGGGAUGUGAGGAGGGAAGGCAGGGAUGUGAGGAGGGAAGGCAGGGAUGUGAGGAGGGAAGGCAGGGAUGUGAGGAGGGAAGGCAGGGAUGUGAGGAGGGAAGGCAGGGAUGUGAGGAGGGAAGGCAGGGAUGUGAGGAGGGAAGGCAGGGAUGUGAGGAGGGAAGGCAGGGAUGUGAGGAGGGAAGGCAGGGAUGUGAGGAGGGAAGGCAGGGAUGUGAGGAGGGAAGGCAGGGAUGUGAGGAGGGAAGGCAGGGAUGUGAGGAGGGAAGGCAGGGAUGUGAGGAGGGAAGGCAGGGAUGUGAGGAGGGAAGGCAGGGAUGUGAGGAGGGAAGGCAGGGAUGUGAGGAGGGAAGGCAGGGAUGUGAGGAGGGAAGGCAGGGAUGUGAGGAGGGAAGGCAGGGAUGUGAGGAGGGAAGGCAGGGAUGUGAGGAGGGAAGGCAGGGAUGUGAGGAGGGAAGGCAGGGAUGUGAGGAGGGAAGGCAGGGAUGUGAGGAGGGAAGGCAGGGAUGUGAGGAGGGAAGGCAGGGAUGUGAGGAGGGAAGGCAGGGAUGUGAGGAGGGAAGGCAGGGAUGUGAGGAGGGAAGGCAGGGAUGUGAGGAGGGAAGGCAGGGAUGUGAGGAGGGAAGGCAGGGAUGUGAGGAGGGAAGGCAGGGAUGUGAGGAGGGAAGGCAGGGAUGUGAGGAGGGAAGGCAGGGAUGUGAGGAGGGAAGGCAGGGAUGUGAGGAGGGAAGGCAGGGAUGUGAGGAGGGAAGGCAGGGAUGUGAGGAGGGAAGGCAGGGAUGUGAGGAGGGAAGGCAGGGAUGUGAGGAGGGAAGGCAGGGAUGUGAGGAGGGAAGGCAGGGAUGUGAGGAGGGAAGGCAGGGAUGUGAGGAGGGAAGGCAGGGAUGUGAGGAGGGAAGGCAGGGAUGUGAGGAGGGAAGGCAGGGAUGUGAGGAGGGAAGGCAGGGAUGUGAGGAGGGAAGGCAGGGAUGUGAGGAGGGAAGGCAGGGAUGUGAGGAGGGAAGGCAGGGAUGUGAGGAGGGAAGGCAGGGAUGUGAGGAGGGAAGGCAGGGAUGUGAGGAGGGAAGGCAGGGAUGUGAGGAGGGAAGGCAGGGAUGUGAGGAGGGAAGGCAGGGAUGUGAGGAGGGAAGGCAGGGAUGUGAGGAGGGAAGGCAGGGAUGUGAGGAGGGAAGGCAGGGAUGUGAGGAGGGAAGGCAGGGAUGUGAGGAGGGAAGGCAGGGAUGUGAGGAGGGAAGGCAGGGAUGUGAGGAGGGAAGGCAGGGAUGUGAGGAGGGAAGGCAGGGAUGUGAGGAGGGAAGGCAGGGAUGUGAGGAGGGAAGGCAGGGAUGUGAGGAGGGAAGGCAGGGAUGUGAGGAGGGAAGGCAGGGAUGUGAGGAGGGAAGGCAGGGAUGUGAGGAGGGAAGGCAGGGAUGUGAGGAGGGAAGGCAGGGAUGUGAGGAGGGAAGGCAGGGAUGUGAGGAGGGAAGGCAGGGAUGUGAGGAGGGAAGGCAGGGAUGUGAGGAGGGAAGGCAGGGAUGUGAGGAGGGAAGGCAGGGAUGUGAGGAGGGAAGGCAGGGAUGUGAGGAGGGAAGGCAGGGAUGUGAGGAGGGAAGGCAGGGAUGUGAGGAGGGAAGGCAGGGAUGUGAGGAGGGAAGGCAGGGAUGUGAGGAGGGAAGGCAGGGAUGUGAGGAGGGAAGGCAGGGAUGUGAGGAGGGAAGGCAGGGAUGUGAGGAGGGAAGGCAGGGAUGUGAGGAGGGAAGGCAGGGAUGUGAGGAGGGAAGGCAGGGAUGUGAGGAGGGAAGGCAGGGAUGUGAGGAGGGAAGGCAGGGAUGUGAGGAGGGAAGGCAGGGAUGUGAGGAGGGAAGGCAGGGAUGUGAGGAGGGAAGGCAGGGAUGUGAGGAGGGAAGGCAGGGAUGUGAGGAGGGAAGGCAGGGAUGUGAGGAGGGAAGGCAGGGAUGUGAGGAGGGAAGGCAGGGAUGUGAGGAGGGAAGGCAGGGAUGUGAGGAGGGAAGGCAGGGAUGUGAGGAGGGAAGGCAGGGAUGUGAGGAGGGAAGGCAGGGAUGUGAGGAGGGAAGGCAGGGAUGUGAGGAGGGAAGGCAGGGAUGUGAGGAGGGAAGGCAGGGAUGUGAGGAGGGAAGGCAGGGAUGUGAGGAGGGAAGGCAGGGAUGUGAGGAGGGAAGGCAGGGAUGUGAGGAGGGAAGGCAGGGAUGUGAGGAGGGAAGGCAGGGAUGUGAGGAGGGAAGGCAGGGAUGUGAGGAGGGAAGGCAGGGAUGUGAGGAGGGAAGGCAGGGAUGUGAGGAGGGAAGGCAGGGAUGUGAGGAGGGAAGGCAGGGAUGUGAGGAGGGAAGGCAGGGAUGUGAGGAGGGAAGGCAGGGAUGUGAGGAGGGAAGGCAGGGAUGUGAGGAGGGAAGGCAGGGAUGUGAGGAGGGAAGGCAGGGAUGUGAGGAGGGAAGGCAGGGAUGUGAGGAGGGAAGGCAGGGAUGUGAGGAGGGAAGGCAGGGAUGUGAGGAGGGAAGGCAGGGAUGUGAGGAGGGAAGGCAGGGAUGUGAGGAGGGAAGGCAGGGAUGUGAGGAGGGAAGGCAGGGAUGUGAGGAGGGAAGGCAGGGAUGUGAGGAGGGAAGGCAGGGAUGUGAGGAGGGAAGGCAGGGAUGUGAGGAGGGAAGGCAGGGAUGUGAGGAGGGAAGGCAGGGAUGUGAGGAGGGAAGGCAGGGAUGUGAGGAGGGAAGGCAGGGAUGUGAGGAGGGAAGGCAGGGAUGUGAGGAGGGAAGGCAGGGAUGUGAGGAGGGAAGGCAGGGAUGUGAGGAGGGAAGGCAGGGAUGUGAGGAGGGAAGGCAGGGAUGUGAGGAGGGAAGGCAGGGAUGUGAGGAGGGAAGGCAGGGAUGUGAGGAGGGAAGGCAGGGAUGUGAGGAGGGAAGGCAGGGAUGUGAGGAGGGAAGGCAGGGAUGUGAGGAGGGAAGGCAGGGAUGUGAGGAGGGAAGGCAGGGAUGUGAGGAGGGAAGGCAGGGAUGUGAGGAGGGAAGGCAGGGAUGUGAGGAGGGAAGGCAGGGAUGUGAGGAGGGAAGGCAGGGAUGUGAGGAGGGAAGGCAGGGAUGUGAGGAGGGAAGGCAGGGAUGUGAGGAGGGAAGGCAGGGAUGUGAGGAGGGAAGGCAGGGAUGUGAGGAGGGAAGGCAGGGAUGUGAGGAGGGAAGGCAGGGAUGUGAGGAGGGAAGGCAGGGAUGUGAGGAGGGAAGGCAGGGAUGUGAGGAGGGAAGGCAGGGAUGUGAGGAGGGAAGGCAGGGAUGUGAGGAGGGAAGGCAGGGAUGUGAGGAGGGAAGGCAGGGAUGUGAGGAGGGAAGGCAGGGAUGUGAGGAGGGAAGGCAGGGAUGUGAGGAGGGAAGGCAGGGAUGUGAGGAGGGAAGGCAGGGAUGUGAGGAGGGAAGGCAGGGAUGUGAGGAGGGAAGGCAGGGAUGUGAGGAGGGAAGGCAGGGAUGUGAGGAGGGAAGGCAGGGAUGUGAGGAGGGAAGGCAGGGAUGUGAGGAGGGAAGGCAGGGAUGUGAGGAGGGAAGGCAGGGAUGUGAGGAGGGAAGGCAGGGAUGUGAGGAGGGAAGGCAGGGAUGUGAGGAGGGAAGGCAGGGAUGUGAGGAGGGAAGGCAGGGAUGUGAGGAGGGAAGGCAGGGAUGUGAGGAGGGAAGGCAGGGAUGUGAGGAGGGAAGGCAGGGAUGUGAGGAGGGAAGGCAGGGAUGUGAGGAGGGAAGGCAGGGAUGUGAGGAGGGAAGGCAGGGAUGUGAGGAGGGAAGGCAGGGAUGUGAGGAGGGAAGGCAGGGAUGUGAGGAGGGAAGGCAGGGAUGUGAGGAGGGAAGGCAGGGAUGUGAGGAGGGAAGGCAGGGAUGUGAGGAGGGAAGGCAGGGAUGUGAGGAGGGAAGGCAGGGAUGUGAGGAGGGAAGGCAGGGAUGUGAGGAGGGAAGGCAGGGAUGUGAGGAGGGAAGGCAGGGAUGUGAGGAGGGAAGGCAGGGAUGUGAGGAGGGAAGGCAGGGAUGUGAGGAGGGAAGGCAGGGAUGUGAGGAGGGAAGGCAGGGAUGUGAGGAGGGAAGGCAGGGAUGUGAGGAGGGAAGGCAGGGAUGUGAGGAGGGAAGGCAGGGAUGUGAGGAGGGAAGGCAGGGAUGUGAGGAGGGAAGGCAGGGAUGUGAGGAGGGAAGGCAGGGAUGUGAGGAGGGAAGGCAGGGAUGUGAGGAGGGAAGGCAGGGAUGUGAGGAGGGAAGGCAGGGAUGUGAGGAGGGAAGGCAGGGAUGUGAGGAGGGAAGGCAGGGAUGUGAGGAGGGAAGGCAGGGAUGUGAGGAGGGAAGGCAGGGAUGUGAGGAGGGAAGGCAGGGAUGUGAGGAGGGAAGGCAGGGAUGUGAGGAGGGAAGGCAGGGAUGUGAGGAGGGAAGGCAGGGAUGUGAGGAGGGAAGGCAGGGAUGUGAGGAGGGAAGGCAGGGAUGUGAGGAGGGAAGGCAGGGAUGUGAGGAGGGAAGGCAGGGAUGUGAGGAGGGAAGGCAGGGAUGUGAGGAGGGAAGGCAGGGAUGUGAGGAGGGAAGGCAGGGAUGUGAGGAGGGAAGGCAGGGAUGUGAGGAGGGAAGGCAGGGAUGUGAGGAGGGAAGGCAGGGAUGUGAGGAGGGAAGGCAGGGAUGUGAGGAGGGAAGGCAGGGAUGUGAGGAGGGAAGGCAGGGAUGUGAGGAGGGAAGGCAGGGAUGUGAGGAGGGAAGGCAGGGAUGUGAGGAGGGAAGGCAGGGAUGUGAGGAGGGAAGGCAGGGAUGUGAGGAGGGAAGGCAGGGAUGUGAGGAGGGAAGGCAGGGAUGUGAGGAGGGAAGGCAGGGAUGUGAGGAGGGAAGGCAGGGAUGUGAGGAGGGAAGGCAGGGAUGUGAGGAGGGAAGGCAGGGAUGUGAGGAGGGAAGGCAGGGAUGUGAGGAGGGAAGGCAGGGAUGUGAGGAGGGAAGGCAGGGAUGUGAGGAGGGAAGGCAGGGAUGUGAGGAGGGAAGGCAGGGAUGUGAGGAGGGAAGGCAGGGAUGUGAGGAGGGAAGGCAGGGAUGUGAGGAGGGAAGGCAGGGAUGUGAGGAGGGAAGGCAGGGAUGUGAGGAGGGAAGGCAGGGAUGUGAGGAGGGAAGGCAGGGAUGUGAGGAGGGAAGGCAGGGAUGUGAGGAGGGAAGGCAGGGAUGUGAGGAGGGAAGGCAGGGAUGUGAGGAGGGAAGGCAGGGAUGUGAGGAGGGAAGGCAGGGAUGUGAGGAGGGAAGGCAGGGAUGUGAGGAGGGAAGGCAGGGAUGUGAGGAGGGAAGGCAGGGAUGUGAGGAGGGAAGGCAGGGAUGUGAGGAGGGAAGGCAGGGAUGUGAGGAGGGAAGGCAGGGAUGUGAGGAGGGAAGGCAGGGAUGUGAGGAGGGAAGGCAGGGAUGUGAGGAGGGAAGGCAGGGAUGUGAGGAGGGAAGGCAGGGAUGUGAGGAGGGAAGGCAGGGAUGUGAGGAGGGAAGGCAGGGAUGUGAGGAGGGAAGGCAGGGAUGUGAGGAGGGAAGGCAGGGAUGUGAGGAGGGAAGGCAGGGAUGUGAGGAGGGAAGGCAGGGAUGUGAGGAGGGAAGGCAGGGAUGUGAGGAGGGAAGGCAGGGAUGUGAGGAGGGAAGGCAGGGAUGUGAGGAGGGAAGGCAGGGAUGUGAGGAGGGAAGGCAGGGAUGUGAGGAGGGAAGGCAGGGAUGUGAGGAGGGAAGGCAGGGAUGUGAGGAGGGAAGGCAGGGAUGUGAGGAGGGAAGGCAGGGAUGUGAGGAGGGAAGGCAGGGAUGUGAGGAGGGAAGGCAGGGAUGUGAGGAGGGAAGGCAGGGAUGUGAGGAGGGAAGGCAGGGAUGUGAGGAGGGAAGGCAGGGAUGUGAGGAGGGAAGGCAGGGAUGUGAGGAGGGAAGGCAGGGAUGUGAGGAGGGAAGGCAGGGAUGUGAGGAGGGAAGGCAGGGAUGUGAGGAGGGAAGGCAGGGAUGUGAGGAGGGAAGGCAGGGAUGUGAGGAGGGAAGGCAGGGAUGUGAGGAGGGAAGGCAGGGAUGUGAGGAGGGAAGGCAGGGAUGUGAGGAGGGAAGGCAGGGAUGUGAGGAGGGAAGGCAGGGAUGUGAGGAGGGAAGGCAGGGAUGUGAGGAGGGAAGGCAGGGAUGUGAGGAGGGAAGGCAGGGAUGUGAGGAGGGAAGGCAGGGAUGUGAGGAGGGAAGGCAGGGAUGUGAGGAGGGAAGGCAGGGAUGUGAGGAGGGAAGGCAGGGAUGUGAGGAGGGAAGGCAGGGAUGUGAGGAGGGAAGGCAGGGAUGUGAGGAGGGAAGGCAGGGAUGUGAGGAGGGAAGGCAGGGAUGUGAGGAGGGAAGGCAGGGAUGUGAGGAGGGAAGGCAGGGAUGUGAGGAGGGAAGGCAGGGAUGUGAGGAGGGAAGGCAGGGAUGUGAGGAGGGAAGGCAGGGAUGUGAGGAGGGAAGGCAGGGAUGUGAGGAGGGAAGGCAGGGAUGUGAGGAGGGAAGGCAGGGAUGUGAGGAGGGAAGGCAGGGAUGUGAGGAGGGAAGGCAGGGAUGUGAGGAGGGAAGGCAGGGAUGUGAGGAGGGAAGGCAGGGAUGUGAGGAGGGAAGGCAGGGAUGUGAGGAGGGAAGGCAGGGAUGUGAGGAGGGAAGGCAGGGAUGUGAGGAGGGAAGGCAGGGAUGUGAGGAGGGAAGGCAGGGAUGUGAGGAGGGAAGGCAGGGAUGUGAGGAGGGAAGGCAGGGAUGUGAGGAGGGAAGGCAGGGAUGUGAGGAGGGAAGGCAGGGAUGUGAGGAGGGAAGGCAGGGAUGUGAGGAGGGAAGGCAGGGAUGUGAGGAGGGAAGGCAGGGAUGUGAGGAGGGAAGGCAGGGAUGUGAGGAGGGAAGGCAGGGAUGUGAGGAGGGAAGGCAGGGAUGUGAGGAGGGAAGGCAGGGAUGUGAGGAGGGAAGGCAGGGAUGUGAGGAGGGAAGGCAGGGAUGUGAGGAGGGAAGGCAGGGAUGUGAGGAGGGAAGGCAGGGAUGUGAGGAGGGAAGGCAGGGAUGUGAGGAGGGAAGGCAGGGAUGUGAGGAGGGAAGGCAGGGAUGUGAGGAGGGAAGGCAGGGAUGUGAGGAGGGAAGGCAGGGAUGUGAGGAGGGAAGGCAGGGAUGUGAGGAGGGAAGGCAGGGAUGUGAGGAGGGAAGGCAGGGAUGUGAGGAGGGAAGGCAGGGAUGUGAGGAGGGAAGGCAGGGAUGUGAGGAGGGAAGGCAGGGAUGUGAGGAGGGAAGGCAGGGAUGUGAGGAGGGAAGGCAGGGAUGUGAGGAGGGAAGGCAGGGAUGUGAGGAGGGAAGGCAGGGAUGUGAGGAGGGAAGGCAGGGAUGUGAGGAGGGAAGGCAGGGAUGUGAGGAGGGAAGGCAGGGAUGUGAGGAGGGAAGGCAGGGAUGUGAGGAGGGAAGGCAGGGAUGUGAGGAGGGAAGGCAGGGAUGUGAGGAGGGAAGGCAGGGAUGUGAGGAGGGAAGGCAGGGAUGUGAGGAGGGAAGGCAGGGAUGUGAGGAGGGAAGGCAGGGAUGUGAGGAGGGAAGGCAGGGAUGUGAGGAGGGAAGGCAGGGAUGUGAGGAGGGAAGGCAGGGAUGUGAGGAGGGAAGGCAGGGAUGUGAGGAGGGAAGGCAGGGAUGUGAGGAGGGAAGGCAGGGAUGUGAGGAGGGAAGGCAGGGAUGUGAGGAGGGAAGGCAGGGAUGUGAGGAGGGAAGGCAGGGAUGUGAGGAGGGAAGGCAGGGAUGUGAGGAGGGAAGGCAGGGAUGUGAGGAGGGAAGGCAGGGAUGUGAGGAGGGAAGGCAGGGAUGUGAGGAGGGAAGGCAGGGAUGUGAGGAGGGAAGGCAGGGAUGUGAGGAGGGAAGGCAGGGAUGUGAGGAGGGAAGGCAGGGAUGUGAGGAGGGAAGGCAGGGAUGUGAGGAGGGAAGGCAGGGAUGUGAGGAGGGAAGGCAGGGAUGUGAGGAGGGAAGGCAGGGAUGUGAGGAGGGAAGGCAGGGAUGUGAGGAGGGAAGGCAGGGAUGUGAGGAGGGAAGGCAGGGAUGUGAGGAGGGAAGGCAGGGAUGUGAGGAGGGAAGGCAGGGAUGUGAGGAGGGAAGGCAGGGAUGUGAGGAGGGAAGGCAGGGAUGUGAGGAGGGAAGGCAGGGAUGUGAGGAGGGAAGGCAGGGAUGUGAGGAGGGAAGGCAGGGAUGUGAGGAGGGAAGGCAGGGAUGUGAGGAGGGAAGGCAGGGAUGUGAGGAGGGAAGGCAGGGAUGUGAGGAGGGAAGGCAGGGAUGUGAGGAGGGAAGGCAGGGAUGUGAGGAGGGAAGGCAGGGAUGUGAGGAGGGAAGGCAGGGAUGUGAGGAGGGAAGGCAGGGAUGUGAGGAGGGAAGGCAGGGAUGUGAGGAGGGAAGGCAGGGAUGUGAGGAGGGAAGGCAGGGAUGUGAGGAGGGAAGGCAGGGAUGUGAGGAGGGAAGGCAGGGAUGUGAGGAGGGAAGGCAGGGAUGUGAGGAGGGAAGGCAGGGAUGUGAGGAGGGAAGGCAGGGAUGUGAGGAGGGAAGGCAGGGAUGUGAGGAGGGAAGGCAGGGAUGUGAGGAGGGAAGGCAGGGAUGUGAGGAGGGAAGGCAGGGAUGUGAGGAGGGAAGGCAGGGAUGUGAGGAGGGAAGGCAGGGAUGUGAGGAGGGAAGGCAGGGAUGUGAGGAGGGAAGGCAGGGAUGUGAGGAGGGAAGGCAGGGAUGUGAGGAGGGAAGGCAGGGAUGUGAGGAGGGAAGGCAGGGAUGUGAGGAGGGAAGGCAGGGAUGUGAGGAGGGAAGGCAGGGAUGUGAGGAGGGAAGGCAGGGAUGUGAGGAGGGAAGGCAGGGAUGUGAGGAGGGAAGGCAGGGAUGUGAGGAGGGAAGGCAGGGAUGUGAGGAGGGAAGGCAGGGAUGUGAGGAGGGAAGGCAGGGAUGUGAGGAGGGAAGGCAGGGAUGUGAGGAGGGAAGGCAGGGAUGUGAGGAGGGAAGGCAGGGAUGUGAGGAGGGAAGGCAGGGAUGUGAGGAGGGAAGGCAGGGAUGUGAGGAGGGAAGGCAGGGAUGUGAGGAGGGAAGGCAGGGAUGUGAGGAGGGAAGGCAGGGAUGUGAGGAGGGAAGGCAGGGAUGUGAGGAGGGAAGGCAGGGAUGUGAGGAGGGAAGGCAGGGAUGUGAGGAGGGAAGGCAGGGAUGUGAGGAGGGAAGGCAGGGAUGUGAGGAGGGAAGGCAGGGAUGUGAGGAGGGAAGGCAGGGAUGUGAGGAGGGAAGGCAGGGAUGUGAGGAGGGAAGGCAGGGAUGUGAGGAGGGAAGGCAGGGAUGUGAGGAGGGAAGGCAGGGAUGUGAGGAGGGAAGGCAGGGAUGUGAGGAGGGAAGGCAGGGAUGUGAGGAGGGAAGGCAGGGAUGUGAGGAGGGAAGGCAGGGAUGUGAGGAGGGAAGGCAGGGAUGUGAGGAGGGAAGGCAGGGAUGUGAGGAGGGAAGGCAGGGAUGUGAGGAGGGAAGGCAGGGAUGUGAGGAGGGAAGGCAGGGAUGUGAGGAGGGAAGGCAGGGAUGUGAGGAGGGAAGGCAGGGAUGUGAGGAGGGAAGGCAGGGAUGUGAGGAGGGAAGGCAGGGAUGUGAGGAGGGAAGGCAGGGAUGUGAGGAGGGAAGGCAGGGAUGUGAGGAGGGAAGGCAGGGAUGUGAGGAGGGAAGGCAGGGAUGUGAGGAGGGAAGGCAGGGAUGUGAGGAGGGAAGGCAGGGAUGUGAGGAGGGAAGGCAGGGAUGUGAGGAGGGAAGGCAGGGAUGUGAGGAGGGAAGGCAGGGAUGUGAGGAGGGAAGGCAGGGAUGUGAGGAGGGAAGGCAGGGAUGUGAGGAGGGAAGGCAGGGAUGUGAGGAGGGAAGGCAGGGAUGUGAGGAGGGAAGGCAGGGAUGUGAGGAGGGAAGGCAGGGAUGUGAGGAGGGAAGGCAGGGAUGUGAGGAGGGAAGGCAGGGAUGUGAGGAGGGAAGGCAGGGAUGUGAGGAGGGAAGGCAGGGAUGUGAGGAGGGAAGGCAGGGAUGUGAGGAGGGAAGGCAGGGAUGUGAGGAGGGAAGGCAGGGAUGUGAGGAGGGAAGGCAGGGAUGUGAGGAGGGAAGGCAGGGAUGUGAGGAGGGAAGGCAGGGAUGUGAGGAGGGAAGGCAGGGAUGUGAGGAGGGAAGGCAGGGAUGUGAGGAGGGAAGGCAGGGAUGUGAGGAGGGAAGGCAGGGAUGUGAGGAGGGAAGGCAGGGAUGUGAGGAGGGAAGGCAGGGAUGUGAGGAGGGAAGGCAGGGAUGUGAGGAGGGAAGGCAGGGAUGUGAGGAGGGAAGGCAGGGAUGUGAGGAGGGAAGGCAGGGAUGUGAGGAGGGAAGGCAGGGAUGUGAGGAGGGAAGGCAGGGAUGUGAGGAGGGAAGGCAGGGAUGUGAGGAGGGAAGGCAGGGAUGUGAGGAGGGAAGGCAGGGAUGUGAGGAGGGAAGGCAGGGAUGUGAGGAGGGAAGGCAGGGAUGUGAGGAGGGAAGGCAGGGAUGUGAGGAGGGAAGGCAGGGAUGUGAGGAGGGAAGGCAGGGAUGUGAGGAGGGAAGGCAGGGAUGUGAGGAGGGAAGGCAGGGAUGUGAGGAGGGAAGGCAGGGAUGUGAGGAGGGAAGGCAGGGAUGUGAGGAGGGAAGGCAGGGAUGUGAGGAGGGAAGGCAGGGAUGUGAGGAGGGAAGGCAGGGAUGUGAGGAGGGAAGGCAGGGAUGUGAGGAGGGAAGGCAGGGAUGUGAGGAGGGAAGGCAGGGAUGUGAGGAGGGAAGGCAGGGAUGUGAGGAGGGAAGGCAGGGAUGUGAGGAGGGAAGGCAGGGAUGUGAGGAGGGAAGGCAGGGAUGUGAGGAGGGAAGGCAGGGAUGUGAGGAGGGAAGGCAGGGAUGUGAGGAGGGAAGGCAGGGAUGUGAGGAGGGAAGGCAGGGAUGUGAGGAGGGAAGGCAGGGAUGUGAGGAGGGAAGGCAGGGAUGUGAGGAGGGAAGGCAGGGAUGUGAGGAGGGAAGGCAGGGAUGUGAGGAGGGAAGGCAGGGAUGUGAGGAGGGAAGGCAGGGAUGUGAGGAGGGAAGGCAGGGAUGUGAGGAGGGAAGGCAGGGAUGUGAGGAGGGAAGGCAGGGAUGUGAGGAGGGAAGGCAGGGAUGUGAGGAGGGAAGGCAGGGAUGUGAGGAGGGAAGGCAGGGAUGUGAGGAGGGAAGGCAGGGAUGUGAGGAGGGAAGGCAGGGAUGUGAGGAGGGAAGGCAGGGAUGUGAGGAGGGAAGGCAGGGAUGUGAGGAGGGAAGGCAGGGAUGUGAGGAGGGAAGGCAGGGAUGUGAGGAGGGAAGGCAGGGAUGUGAGGAGGGAAGGCAGGGAUGUGAGGAGGGAAGGCAGGGAUGUGAGGAGGGAAGGCAGGGAUGUGAGGAGGGAAGGCAGGGAUGUGAGGAGGGAAGGCAGGGAUGUGAGGAGGGAAGGCAGGGAUGUGAGGAGGGAAGGCAGGGAUGUGAGGAGGGAAGGCAGGGAUGUGAGGAGGGAAGGCAGGGAUGUGAGGAGGGAAGGCAGGGAUGUGAGGAGGGAAGGCAGGGAUGUGAGGAGGGAAGGCAGGGAUGUGAGGAGGGAAGGCAGGGAUGUGAGGAGGGAAGGCAGGGAUGUGAGGAGGGAAGGCAGGGAUGUGAGGAGGGAAGGCAGGGAUGUGAGGAGGGAAGGCAGGGAUGUGAGGAGGGAAGGCAGGGAUGUGAGGAGGGAAGGCAGGGAUGUGAGGAGGGAAGGCAGGGAUGUGAGGAGGGAAGGCAGGGAUGUGAGGAGGGAAGGCAGGGAUGUGAGGAGGGAAGGCAGGGAUGUGAGGAGGGAAGGCAGGGAUGUGAGGAGGGAAGGCAGGGAUGUGAGGAGGGAAGGCAGGGAUGUGAGGAGGGAAGGCAGGGAUGUGAGGAGGGAAGGCAGGGAUGUGAGGAGGGAAGGCAGGGAUGUGAGGAGGGAAGGCAGGGAUGUGAGGAGGGAAGGCAGGGAUGUGAGGAGGGAAGGCAGGGAUGUGAGGAGGAAGGGAUGUGAGGAGGGAAGGCAGGGAUGUGAGGAGGGAAGGCAGGGAUGUGAGGAGGGAAGGCAGGGAUGUGAGGAGGGAAGGCAGGGAUGUGAGGAGGGAAGGCCGGGAUGUGAGGAGGGAAGGCCGGAUGUGAGGAGGGAAGGCAGGGAUGUGAGGAGGGAAGGCAGGGAUGUGAGGAGGGAAGGCAGGGAUGUGAGGAGGGAAGGCAGGGAUGUGAGGAGGGAAGGCAGGGAUGUGAGGAGGGAAGGCAGGGAUGUGAGGAGGGAAGGCAGGGAUGUGAGGAGGGAAGGCAGGGAUGUGAGGAGGGAAGGCAGGGAUGUGAGGAGGGAAGGCAGGGAUGUGAGGAGGGAAGGCAGGGAUGUGAGGAGGGAAGGCAGGGAUGUGAGGAGGGAAGGCAGGGAUGUGAGGAGGGAAGGCAGGGAUGUGAGGAGGGAAGGCAGGGAUGUGAGGAGGGAAGGCAGGGAUGUGAGGAGGGAAGGCAGGGAUGUGAGGAGGGAAGGCAGGGAUGUGAGGAGGGAAGGCAGGGAUGUGAGGAGGGAAGGCAGGGAUGUGAGGAGGGAAGGCAGGGAUGUGAGGAGGGAAGGCAGGGAUGUGAGGAGGGAAGGCAGGGAUGUGAGGAGGGAAGGCAGGGAUGUGAGGAGGGAAGGCAGGGAUGUGAGGAGGGAAGGCAGGGAUGUGAGGAGGGAAGGCAGGGAUGUGAGGAGGGAAGGCAGGGAUGUGAGGAGGGAAGGCAGGGAUGUGAGGAGGGAGGCCGGGAUGGAUGUGAGGAGGGAAGGCAGGGAUGUGAGGAGGGAAGGCCGGGAUGGAGUGAGGAGGGAGGCGGGAUGUGAGGAGGGAAGGCAGGGAUGUGAGGAGGGAGGCCGGGAUGUGAGGAGGGAAGGCAGGGAUGUGAGGAGGGAAGGCAGGGAUGUGAGGAGGGAAGGCAGGGAUGUGAGGAGGGAAGGCAGGGAUGUGAGGAGGGAAGGCAGGGAUGUGAGGAGGGAAGGCAGGGAUGUGAGGAGGGAAGGCAGGGAUGUGAGGAGGGAAGGCAGGGAUGUGAGGAGGGAAGGCAGGGAUGUGAGGAGGGAAGGCAGGGAUGUGAGGAGGGAAGGCAGGGAUGUGAGGAGGGAAGGCAGGGAUGUGAGGAGGGAAGGCAGGGAUGUGAGGAGGGAAGGCAGGGAUGUGAGGAGGGAAGGCAGGGAUGUGAGGAGGGAAGGCAGGGAUGGAUGUGAGGAGGAGGGGAAGGGCAGGGAUGUGAGGAGGGAAGGCAGGGAUGUGAGGAGGGAAGGCAGGGAUGUGAGGAGGGAAGGCAGGGAUGUGAGGAGGGAAGGCAGGGAUGUGAGGAGGGAAGGCAGGGAUGUGAGGAGGGAAGGCAGGGAUGUGAGGAGGGAAGGCAGGGAUGUGAGGAGGGAAGGCAGGGAUGUGAGGAGGGAAGGCAGGGAUGUGAGGAGGGAAGGCAGGGAUGUGAGGAGGGAAGGCAGGGAUGUGAGGAGGGAAGGCAGGGAUGUGAGGAGGGAAGGCAGGGAUGUGAGGAGGGAAGGCAGGGAUGUGAGGAGGGAAGGCAGGGAUGUGAGGAGGGAAGGCAGGGAUGUGAGGAGGGAAGGCAGGGAUGUGAGGAGGGAAGGCAGGGAUGUGAGGAGGGAAGGCAGGGAUGUGAGGAGGGAAGGCAGGGAUGUGAGGAGGGAAGGCAGGGAUGUGAGGAGGGAAGGCAGGGAUGUGAGGAGGGAAGGCAGGGAUGUGAGGAGGGAAGGCAGGGAUGUGAGGAGGGAAGGCAGGGAUGUGAGGAGGGAAGGCAGGGAUGUGAGGAGGGAAGGCAGGGAUGUGAGGAGGGAAGGCAGGGAUGUGAGGAGGGAAGGCAGGGAUGUGAGGAGGGAAGGCAGGGAUGUGAGGAGGGAAGGCAGGGAUGUGAGGAGGGAAGGCAGGGAUGUGAGGAGGGAAGGCAGGGAUGUGAGGAGGGAAGGCAGGGAUGUGAGGAGGGAAGGCAGGGAUGUGAGGAGGGAAGGCAGGGAUGUGAGGAGGGAAGGCAGGGAUGUGAGGAGGGAAGGCAGGGAUGUGAGGAGGGAAGGCAGGGAUGUGAGGAGGGAAGGCAGGGAUGUGAGGAGGGAAGGCAGGGAUGUGAGGAGGGAAGGCAGGGAUGUGAGGAGGGAAGGCAGGGAUGUGAGGAGGGAAGGCAGGGAUGUGAGGAGGGAAGGCAGGGAUGUGAGGAGGGAAGGCAGGGAUGUGAGGAGGGAAGGCAGGGAUGUGAGGAGGGAAGGCAGGGAUGUGAGGAGGGAAGGCAGGGAUGUGAGGAGGGAAGGCAGGGAUGUGAGGAGGGAAGGCAGGGAUGUGAGGAGGGAAGGCAGGGAUGUGAGGAGGGAAGGCAGGGAUGUGAGGAGGGAAGGCAGGGAUGUGAGGAGGGAAGGCAGGGAUGUGAGGAGGGAAGGCAGGGAUGUGAGGAGGGAAGGCAGGGAUGUGAGGAGGGAAGGCAGGGAUGUGAGGAGGGAAGGCAGGGAUGUGAGGAGGGAAGGCAGGGAUGUGAGGAGGGAAGGCAGGGAUGUGAGGAGGGAAGGCAGGGAUGUGAGGAGGGAAGGCAGGGAUGUGAGGAGGGAAGGCAGGGAUGUGAGGAGGGAAGGCAGGGAUGUGAGGAGGGAAGGCAGGGAUGUGAGGAGGGAAGGCAGGGAUGUGAGGAGGGAAGGCAGGGAUGUGAGGAGGGAAGGCAGGGAUGUGAGGAGGGAAGGCAGGGAUGUGAGGAGGGAAGGCAGGGAUGUGAGGAGGGAAGGCAGGGAUGUGAGGAGGGAAGGCAGGGAUGUGAGGAGGGAAGGCAGGGAUGUGAGGAGGGAAGGCAGGGAUGUGAGGAGGGAAGGCAGGGAUGUGAGGAGGGAAGGCAGGGAUGUGAGGAGGGAAGGCAGGGAUGUGAGGAGGGAAGGCAGGGAUGUGAGGAGGGAAGGCAGGGAUGUGAGGAGGGAAGGCAGGGAUGUGAGGAGGGAAGGCAGGGAUGUGAGGAGGGAAGGCAGGGAUGUGAGGAGGGAAGGCAGGGAUGUGAGGAGGGAAGGCAGGGAUGUGAGGAGGGAAGGCAGGGAUGUGAGGAGGGAAGGCAGGGAUGUGAGGAGGGAAGGCAGGGAUGUGAGGAGGGAAGGCAGGGAUGUGAGGAGGGAAGGCAGGGAUGUGAGGAGGGAAGGCAGGGAUGUGAGGAGGGAAGGCAGGGAUGUGAGGAGGGAAGGCAGGGAUGUGAGGAGGGAAGGCAGGGAUGUGAGGAGGGAAGGCAGGGAUGUGAGGAGGGAAGGCAGGGAUGUGAGGAGGGAAGGCAGGGAUGUGAGGAGGGAAGGCAGGGAUGUGAGGAGGGAAGGCAGGGAUGUGAGGAGGGAAGGCAGGGAUGUGAGGAGGGAAGGCAGGGAUGUGAGGAGGGAAGGCAGGGAUGUGAGGAGGGAAGGCAGGGAUGUGAGGAGGGAAGGCAGGGAUGUGAGGAGGGAAGGCAGGGAUGUGAGGAGGGAAGGCAGGGAUGUGAGGAGGGAAGGCAGGGAUGUGAGGAGGGAAGGCAGGGAUGUGAGGAGGGAAGGCAGGGAUGUGAGGAGGGAAGGCAGGGAUGUGAGGAGGGAAGGCAGGGAUGUGAGGAGGGAAGGCAGGGAUGUGAGGAGGGAAGGCAGGGAUGUGAGGAGGGAAGGCAGGGAUGUGAGGAGGGAAGGCAGGGAUGUGAGGAGGGAAGGCAGGGAUGUGAGGAGGGAAGGCAGGGAUGUGAGGAGGGAAGGCAGGGAUGUGAGGAGGGAAGGCAGGGAUGUGAGGAGGGAAGGCAGGGAUGUGAGGAGGGAAGGCAGGGAUGUGAGGAGGGAAGGCAGGGAUGUGAGGAGGGAAGGCAGGGAUGUGAGGAGGGAAGGCAGGGAUGUGAGGAGGGAAGGCAGGGAUGUGAGGAGGGAAGGCAGGGAUGUGAGGAGGGAAGGCAGGGAUGUGAGGAGGGAAGGCAGGGAUGUGAGGAGGGAAGGCCGGGAUGUGAGGAGGGAAGGCCGGGAUGUGAGGAGGGAAGGCCGGGAUGUGAGGAGGGAAGGCCGGGAUGUGAGGAGGGAAGGCCGGGAUGCUCUCAUUUCCCCCCCCCCUACAUGCCUCCCUCCUCUCAUUCCCCCCCUUGCUCCCUCGAUGUUUCCCCCACUGCUCCUCUACACUUCCCCCCACUUCUCCCUCUCAUUUCCCCCCUUUAUCCAUCUCAUUCCCCCCCCGUCUCCCCCUCAUUGCCCCCACUUCUUCCUCUCAUCUCCUCCCUUGCUCCAUUUCCAACUCUGCUCCCCCUGA